AUGUUAUUUGGUAUAAGUGAUAGCACUUUAGAAAGAUACUUCCAAGAAUUUUUAGACAUUGUUUCACCUUUGGCAAUAGAUAAUUUUAACAGUUAUUUUAAUAAUAGAUUUGAUAAUAGCAAUAAAGUAGAAUUGAUGUACCAUUCAAAUCAUAUGAUUGCAACAAUGGUCGUUGAUGGUUCGGAACAACAAAUUAGUAUACCAAGUGAUAAAUAUAUUAGAAAUUCAUUAUAUAGCGGUAAAAAAUGUGGUAAAAAUAAAAAAUAUAACAAACAACAAGGAAAAAUCCAAAAAUCAAUCAGGAUUAUUAUCGAAAAUGUAUUUGCUAGAAUUAAAAGAUUUUCAAUUACAAGCAAAACUUUAAGAUAUAAAUUUAAACAAGGAACUUUUCAUAUUGAACAUGUUUUAAAAAGACAUCAUAUGGUAUGGUGUACAGUUGCAUUUUAA